AAAUAAUAGACUCUUCAAUGUGAAGAGUAAUUAAGAAACGUUGUUUAGCUAUGUUCAUUAAAAGGUAUGUUCAAUGAAAAUGAAUUAAUAUUGAUACAUUCUUUAUAAUUUGACAUAACAAAAAAGGUUUGAAUUAUUGUGGUCAAAACAAAAGCAGCCGUCAAGUGCCAACUGUACUGGGAAUUUCUCAGUAUUGUCAAAAAUACAUAAUGAUAAGGUUGUGCGCUGUAGAGCUGUAAUUUAGGCAAAGAGUGGCUAUUUAAAGAGCCUAAAAUAUAAAAUGUGGUCUUUUGGUCAUAUGUACUUCACAUUACUUUGUGUUCUUUCAUACUAUUUGUGAUUUUAAAAUGUGGAAAAGAGUGUAAAAUGUGUAUUUUCUUUCAUGUUUGACUUGACGUUAUUUUAACUCCGUUUAUUAGUUUAUUUAUUACUGGCUAUUUGACUAUAACUGUUAAGCAACUUUUAAUCUACAGAUAUUCUAAACGCCUUAAUUUUACUGACUUCACAUUGUUGUGUUAGUGAUGCGCCCUCCCAGUAUAUUGUCCUUGCCGUGCCUCUCUUCCUCCUAAUGAAUGAAUAAGAGUAUGGAAACAACAUCAUACUGCUCAGUGACAAUAUACAGCAAUGCUUAGUCUUUUAUUCAUAGACAGUCAAAACCAGCCUAGUCAGCAAAUGUGUUACCCGCAGUCGGUCUACAAAGUCUAUUGUGACUCUGGCCGAACACACUGAUAUGAUAUUCCAGCACUUAAAAGGUGCUUUGAUGGUUGAGAACAAAAGCAACAUGAAGGGCAGGGUAACGGUGUACUCUGUGCCAGGCUGUCCACACUGCACACAGGCAAAAGCAGCUCUGAAGAAAUUAGGUCUACCUGUGUGUGAAGUGGAUAUAAACAAACACAGAGAACUGCAAACUAAAGUGAAAAGACUUGCAGGCUGCAGUUCUGUACCACAGAUUUUCUUCAAUAAUGUUUAUGUUGGAAACAACGAGGACCUCCAGAACCUGGAUCCUCAGCAGCUGGAACAUCUUGUUCUGUUGGUACGAGAAGAACCUGUGCCCCCAGACGCUCCACCUGUCCCUGAAAGAGCUUCUGACGUCUCUGAAGCAAUGAGGAAUCUGAUCCUGAAACUCUACUCUGAUCACCUCUCUGAAGAUGGCAAGACAGUCGAUUACAAGGCUGUGCGUCGGAGCCCGUACUACGAGCAGUACUGUGAGCUAGCUGUCCAGCUUCAGCGUGUGGAACUGCUGUCCCUGAGUCGCGAAGAAAAACUGGCCUUCUUCAUCAACAUCUAUAAUGCUCUCGUCAUCCAUGGAAAUCUGCGCCUUGGCUUUCCCAAAACCUUAUGGCAGAGGUACCGGUUCUUCAACUAUGUGAGCUACCUCAUUGGCGGUGAAGUGUUCACACUGCAGGAUAUUGAAAAUGGAGUUCUGAGAGGGAAUCGAAGAGGCACGGCACAAUUCUUGAAGCCAUUUUCAAAGAACGAUCCACGACUGCGGGUGGCGCUUCAUGAUGUGGAGCCUCUCAUUCAUUUUGCACUAAACUGUGGUGCAAAGGGCUGUCCUCCAAUUAGAACUUACACACCACAGGACAUCAAUAAUCAGUUGCGUGCUGCUGCGGAAGCGUUCUUGGAGAAUGAUGACAGCUUCAUGAUCGACAGCAUGAGAAGAGAGGUGAAACUCAGCCCGAUCUUUAAAUGGUACAAGGCAGACUUUGGAGGUACCGAUGAGAAGCUGCUGAAUUGGGUGUUUGAUCAUAUUGGACCGUCACAGAAGAAGUUGAGCCUAAAAGCUCUACUAUCUGCAGGAAAUGUCAAACCUGACGAUCCGACUGUUUCUGCACGCAUUUCAGCAUGCCUGAGCGACAUUUCGCUCUGGAUGAAGGACCAUCACCUGCAGCUGAACCUUGCUAAAACAGAACUGCUUGUAAUCCCGUCCGACCCUAAGAUCCAUCACAACUUCUCCAUUCAACUGGGCUCAUCAACCAUCACAUCUUCCAGAACGGCCAGAAACCCGGGAGUGGUGAUUGAUGAUCAGCUAAACUUCACAGAUCAGGUUGCCAGCACCACUCGGUCCUGUAGAUUCAUCCUCUACAAUAUCAGGAAAAUUAGACCUUUCCUAUCCGAGCAUGCUACGCAGGUCCUAGUCCAGGCUCUUGUUCUGUCCAGACUGGACUAUUGCAAUGCGCUACUAGCUGGACUUCCUGCUUGCACAACAAAACCUCUGCAGAUGAUCCAGAAUGCAGCGGCAAGAGUGGUCUUCAAUGAACCAAAGAGAGCACACGUCACCCCUCUCUUCAUUAAGUUACAACACUCUGCUCCUGGCCUACAAGACCACCACUGGUUUGGCACCCCCUUAUCUUCAUUCACUAAUGCAGACUUAUGUACCAGCCAGAUGCUUACGCUCUGUAAAUGAACAACGUCUUGUGGUGCCAUCCCAAAAAGGUAAAAAAUCGCUCUUAUGAACCUUCUCUGCAUCGGUUCCACAUUUGUGGAAUGAUCUUCCUGCUACUACAAGAUCAGCAGAUUCUGUGGCCAUAUUUAAGAAUCGGCUGAAACACAUCUCUUCCGUUAGCACCUGACCAAUCAUUUCUGACUUCUAUAUCUUUUCUACUCUAUCUAUAUAUAAAAUUAAAAAAAAAACUUAGCUCUGUACACUGUAGUAGGCUUUGUGAGACAUGUUUUAUUGCACUUAUGCUUUGUGUUUUCCCAAUGUUGACCCAAUUGCUUCCAUUGUUUACCCAACUUUGCUUUGGAUAAAGCAUAUGCAAAAUGACAAAAUGUAAAUGUAAAUGUAAUAAAGUUGGGUAGAAAGUCAUGGGAGAAAUGUUUAUUUAUUUUUAUUUAGCCUGGUUGUGCAAGCACUGUCGAGCUUGUGCAGAGGCAGCAGCUUUUGCCAGAGGGGAACUGGAAUCCUCUGGUUGGGCCUGGGUUCUCCUGAGUUUUUUUUUAUCGAUUAGAGUUUUGGGUUCCUCGCCACCAUUUGCAUACUGUUUUUUGCACUAUUUGCCUUGCCGGGGGGGCUGCUUUAGAAUUUUAAAGUUUUAAUUAAUAUUGCAUAUAAGAAUUUAUAGUCUGUUAUAUUUGACAUGUGCUUCUCUCUCCUUUAUCUUAAAUGUGUGCUCUCACUGUGCAUGUGUGCGUGUCUCUGUGUGUGUGUGUGUGUGUGUGUGUGUGUGUGUGUGUGUGUGUGUGUGCGUGUGUGUCUGUGUGUGUGCGUACUUGCCUGUGUACGUGUGUGUGUGCAUGCGCAUCCGUGUGUGUGUGUCUAUGUCUAUGUGUGUUAGUACGUGUGCAUAUUGUGUGUGUGGAGUGUUUUGUAUGUGGGUAUGUCUGUCUUCUGUGUUUUCACCUUUUUCUUGUUUUUACAGGUACAACUUUAAUUGUUUUGCUUAUAGUCAAUAUGUCUCAUGUGCAGCUGCUUUGUAACAAUGAAAAUUGUAAAAAGCGCUAUAUAAAUAAAGUUGAGUUGAGAGUUGAGUUGAGUUGAGAAAUGGAAAACAAAAGGAUGAUAAUUUUUGGAGGAUAAUGGGAACCUGUUAUUGCAUCAAAUUCAGUGUAAGGUUAAUAUGUAUAACAGAAUGGUAAGAGCAGUACCAAUUGUUUUGAGCAGAAGUAAAAAUGACUCAAUAGGUCGUUUGUGCAAGUAGCUCAUAAUGAAAACAAAAUUUAAGCGCCCUCUAGCAACUGUUAUGAAAACAAUCCCAUGCCGUUUUGUGCAGUCAGAUAAAGACGCAUUUAUUUUUACAUUUGUAAAAGUAUUAAUGGUUUAAUAAAUGUUUAUGGAUUCAAAGAUAUUUUAAGAGCAGCUAACCUAAAUCCCUCCCCUUACCUUAAUCCUAAUCACUUGUCAACCAU